GGCGCGGGAGGAUUGCAGGAGACGGGCCCGUGGAGGAUGGAAUCCCUCGGCCUUCGGCGACUGCUGCUGCUCGGGAUCUGCCUCCAGCAGGGAGCAGCGGCUGCAGGACCAGCCUGUGGCCAGCAGAGAGUGUUAAACCGAAUCGUUGGUGGGACCAAUGCCCAGAGAGGGGAAUGGCCCUGGCAGGCCAGCCUGCAGCUCCGCGGGGAGCACUUGUGUGGAGGGACCUUGAUCGGUGACAAGUGGAUCCUCUCGGCUGCUCACUGCUUCAUCGGGAAAGACACGACCAAGGACCCCGCUGCCUGGAAGGUGGUGCUGGGGCGUCUGCAGCUGAGCGGUGGCCCGCUGCAGGGGGUCGUGCGCAACGUCUCCCAGAUCAUCACCCAUGAGAAGUACCAAGACUACACCAAGGGCAUGGACAUCGCUCUGCUGCGCCUGGCGGAGCCCGUCCCCUUUGGCCGUGACGUAGCCCCCAUCUGCCUGCCCUACCCCAGCCACCAGUUCGCCUUCGGGUCCCAGUGCUGGGCCACCGGCUGGGGCCGGGUGAUGGAGGACAGGACCCUACCACCCCCCAUGCCUCUCAAGAAGGUGGAGCUGGACCUGCUCAGUGCCGAGACCUGCAACUGCAUUCACAGCAACCUGCGGCAGAAGGAGCUGUCCAGUCCGGCCAGGCCGGGGCUGAUCUGUGCCGGGUUCCAGAGUGGAGGCGUGGGGCCCUGCCAGGGUGAUUCGGGCGGGCCGGUGGUCUGCUCCGAGAACGGGACGUGGUUCCAGGCCGGGAUCCUCAGCUUCUCAGUGGGCUGUGCCCGGCCCCACAGCCCCAUCCUGAUAACCGAGGUCACGGCCUACGCCAGCUGGAUCGAGAACCGCACCUGGGGAGCCUCCUUUGCUGUCCAGACGGGGCCAGCCCCCUUCAGCAGCGAGGAAGGGAAGUGCAAAGGCUGUGGGAAGCCGAAGGGAUACGAGCUGAACUUUUCCGCCACGGGGGCCUGGCCCUGGUACGUGAGCCUGCAGUUUGGAGGGCAGCACGUCUGCGGGGGAGCGCUGAUCUCCGAGAGCUGGGUGCUGGCGGCUGCUCACUGCUUCAUCGAGCGGCAGGAGCACACGGACUGGAAGGUGCUGCUGGGUGAGCGGCGGGAGGGGGCAGAGCCACGCUGGCAAGAAGAGCGGGGCCUACAGAAGCUGAUCCUCCACGGGGCCUUCGUGAACGUGACCGAGGGCAGCGACAUCGCGCUGCUGCAGCUGGCCCAGCCGGUGGUGUUCGGGGAGCACCUCUGGGCUGUCUGCCUCCCUUACGAAACACACCGGUUCCGGCUUGGGGGCACCUGCUGGGCCAGGGGACGGGAGAAAGCUCGGGCACCCACCCCACAGCCACUCCAGGGGGUGGGGGUGGCUCUCCUGGGACCAGUGGCCUGUAACUGCAGCUACAGCCAGUCCAUCUUAGCUGGUGAGGCCGGGCCCAUCCUCCCGGAAAUGCUUUGUGCUGCUCAGCAGAUGCUCCGGACUGUCAGGGUGCAGACGACUCCAAUCAUUGCCCUGGACAUGCACCCAUCCAUCUAUGGGCCUUAUGGAACUGUCCAUGGUGCUGAUAUGGGCUAUUGGCCCUGGCUGAUUGGGUCAGGCUCCUUUCUCUCCCCACCCCCCUUCCACCUUCCUGUGGAACUGUCCAUGGUGCUGGCAUGUUCUAUUGCGUCCAUGGCCACUUGGGGCUGGGGCGAUGAUGGGGGGGCACUGAUAUGCAGCGAGAAGGGCACCUGGUUCCUGGCGGGCCUCUCCAGCUUCAGCAAUGGCUGUGGGAGGAAGAGCCAGCCGGGCGUGUACACGGACGUGAGGGCACACGAGAAGUGGAUCAUGGACAUCACACGGGAUGGUUAUUUUGGCAACCAGCCCAUGCCAGUGCCGGCCAUCACAGAAGAGGACACCUGCCCAGUGGAGCCGACUCCAAGUUCUGGUGGAGCAGGGACAAAGCCGGUUCCCACGGUGGGCACCACAAGUGGGCAAGGCUCCGGUGGAGCGGGGACAAAGCCGGUGCCCACGGCGGGUACCACAAGGGGGCAAGGUUCCACUAAAGGCUGGGCAAAGCCAGUGAUACCUGGUGGUGCCACGGAAGAGGAAGGUGCCAGUGGCAAGGGGCAGAAGCCAAGGCCGCCUGGUGGUGCCAAAGGGGGGCACGGUGCCAGUGGCAAGGGGCAGAAGCCAAGGCCGCCUGGUGGUGCCAAAGGGGGGCACGGUGGAAAAGGGAAGGGUCCCAAAGGGAGGCUCCGUUUCUUCUAGCCACUGACCCGCAUCAGAGAAUUCUGGCACCUCCCGGCCCUCCAGCUGCUUCUUUCACCCACUGGAAGAGCGCCCGGGGCUAAUCGGCAGCUCUCUCCGUUUUCUGUGCGGGCCCAGCUGCCGAGAUGUCGAAUCAGGAACGAGAGAAGCCUCCUGGUUUCCAUGUGUGAGGAUCCCUUCCCAGCGGGAUCUCCCGCCCCCAGAACCAGCGCCCUCUGGAUUUGGAAACCACAUUGCCUGGUGCUGCGAUGCGCCUGGCUCUGGGGCGGAACGUUGCUGUUGAUUAUUGUUCCUGCUGUUAUUUAUGCUACAAGAAUAGGCAGACUCUGGAAUCAGGGACUCCCGUGUGCUGGCCAUUGUGCUGGCCCUGACCGAGUUUGGGGGCCGCACUGCACCGGAUGCCUCACAGGUCUCGACUCGGACCCUGUCAGGGUGGGCACUGCACAGACCCCAGUCAGAUCGGGCCUGGCUUUGUCACAGCCCCACGG